GCACGGGUCAGCGGAAAUAUUCCUCCGCGCCUGUUUAAAAAGUAGCCAGACGACGAAAAAAUGCUCAUCCUAGAAUCAAAAAGAAGUAAAAUGUCAUUCAAUGUACUUAUAUAUAUUAUGAAUUUGCUAUAGGGAACGCAAAAUGUCCAGUUUCGAUACGUUUGGGAGAGAAUUAUUUUCCCUCUCGCACGGAUAAUAGGUGUGGUUAGGGCAUAUUAGAACACGGAAGCGGAAUUUCUGAGCUGCUGGAUUUCAUUGACAAAAUCUGACAAGAUGUCGUCUGAACGAUCUCACGCCGAGAUCGAGCCCCACAUCACCAAGAAGUACGAGAUCAAGAAGAGGCUUGGGAAAGGGGCAUAUGGCAUUGUGUGGAAAGCUAUCGACAGGAAGACAGGAGAGGUGGUGGCACUGAAGAAAAUAUUUGAUGCUUUUAGGAACAGAACCGAUGCACAGCGAACAUUCCGAGAGAUAGCAUUUCUUCAGGAGUUUGGAGACCACCCCAACAUCAUCAAACUUCACAAUGUCAUCAAAGCAGAGAACGACAAGGAUAUCUACCUAGUAUUUGAGUUCAUGGACACAGACCUGCACAAUGUGAUUAAGAAAGGCAGCAUCUUGAAGGAUAUCCACAAGCGUUACAUCAUGUACCAGCUGCUAAAGGCCAUGAAGUACAUGCACUCAGGGAACGUCAUACACAGAGACCAGAAGCCUUCAAAUAUUCUUCUGGACAGCGACUGUUUUGUGAAGAUAGCAGAUUUUGGUCUGGCCAGAUCGAUAACCCAGCUGGAAGAGGACACUACAGACCCCGCCCUUACAGAGUACGUGGCUACUCGGUGGUACAGGGCACCUGAGAUCCUGCUGGCUUGCCAGAGAUAUACCAAAGGGGUGGACAUGUGGAGUGUGGGUUGUAUCCUGGGGGAACUGCUGAUAGGAAAGCCUCUGUUUCCUGGAUCCUCUACCAUCAAUCAAAUUGAGAAAAUCAUGGCUUCAAUAGAGCCACCAAACAGACAAGAUGUGAGUAGUAUACAGUCGGCAUAUGGUGCUUCUAUCCUAGAGAAAGCAACAGUAAGACCAAAGAGGUCGUUUGAGGACAUGUUGCCAGGCCAGCCGGCUGAUGCCCUUGACCUGCUCAGGCGGCUUCUUGUGUUCAACCCUGAGAAACGGCUGACGGCAGAACAGGCUCUGCUGCACCCUUAUGUAGCAAGGUUCCACAAUGCCAGUGAGGAGCUAGCGCUGGAUUAUGAUGUAGUACCCCCUCUAGAUGAUGAUGUCCAACUGUCUGUGUCUGAGUACAGGAGCAAGCUGUACGAGCUGAUUAUGGAGAAGAAGACCAUUGUUCGUAGACAGCGCAGGACGCUGUUGAAGGAGCGACAGCAGCAGCAGCCUCGCCAAGGCUCCGCAGGUUCUCAGAAACACUCUCCCAAACAGUCUCCUAAGGAGAAGUCCUCCCCCAAAGAUGUAGUCAUGGAUGAGAAUCAGCAGUCACCAUCCAAGCCUUCCCCCAAGGUGUCUCCGAGACAAAGAACAACCAAUGGACACACAGGGGUGGCAUUUGGAAGGACAACAAAGGAACCUACACCUCAGGCCAGUCCCUUCAAAGCCAGGUCCACCCUUCAGAGGCAACGUAGUUACGAAAACCUUCAGGCAGGUUAUUCUGGCUUGAACACCAGCAGUGCCCGUUCUGCUCCUGUGGGAGGGCGCCGAGGGAGAACCAUGUCUGCCACCAAGGCAGCAGCACUCCAGAACAACAUCCUCACCAGGAAGGACGACCCUGGGCUGGCCAUCACAUCCUCAGCUUUGCAACCUGGCCGCAGACCAGCCUCCGCAAAGGUGGAGACUAGACCCAGGUUCCAGAGGAAGCAGCUCGGGCCUCACGCCAAUGUCUCUGGUGCCGGAUCCCCCAAGACCACGUUUGGCAGUUAUACACAGUCUCAUGGAACAAUAUCCAAGAAGGGACUAGAUAUCUUGAAUUCUAGGAAAUGGUGAAACAUUUAUGAUUUAUAGCCAUGAACUCUUUUAUUCCCUAUGUUGAGUGUACAGUGUACAAACUGUAAAAUCAUUUUUUUUUGGGGGGGGGAGACAGUUAUAGUAGCUACCAUCACAUGUGUGGGAGUGGAAUAUCAAUAUUUGAAUGAAAGCCAGGUACUAUUAACUUGUUCAUAUUUUUAUCAAGCCUUAAUGAAGAAGUAUGUACAUUCUUCUAUAUUGUGAAACAUAACUAUUCACUUGUCUCUACAAGGUAUAUUGGUCCAACAUGAGUCAUUUGAAUGUUUGAUUUUUCUGUCCUCAGUGUAUUUAUCAGUGUUACAAGUCUUUCUUUUCUCACAAGUCUUUCUUUUUAACUUGUCUUCUUAAGUGAUUGUGUCUAAGAUGAAUUAAGUCUUGCUGCUAUGUUAAGUGUUGUACUAGUAUAAUGUAAAAACUUUUAAACAUUGUAUCCCAGCAAGGCCAAGUGGUCAUACCUGUAUAUACAAGAGAUUUGUGGUGGAAAUUCAUUCUCUAUCUUAUGGUACUGCAACUGAAUCACUGUUUGGUUACUUAAUGAUAGGCAGAUAGUGGAUGAUAGUUCCAUUUCAGAUGUUGUAUAAGCUAUUCAUAUACAUAUAACACAUCCUUAUCCAAUGGUUGUUUAGUUGAAGUUUCAAAUGCUGUGAAAUAUUCGUAAUAAGCUUUGUGAUUGGUGAGUAAUUCCCACCAAUCACAGCAUAGUCACAUUGAGUGACAGGUGGAUUUCACAAUCGGUGUUUGCAAGGUAUCAGAAGCUGCUGACAAUCACUUUAUAUCUCGUGGAAGCAAUAACUGCAGGGGUCAGAUUCGGUAAUCUUGGGUUGUAUACGAUAUGUCAUUCCAGAAAAAGUCUCAAAUAAUGAGUAGUGAUCUGUAUAUAUUGUGAAGUAUGUUGCUUGUAGGUUAACUUUCUGUUGUGAUACUCUACCUGAACUAUGUAUGAGUGUUUCGCUGCAUAGUCAGUUAUAUAUGCUUGUUUUCUGCCUUGUAUUUUAUUCCCUCCUCUACAAGAUGAUCUUUUUAUUGUAUGUGAAAAUACAACAGCUGCCAAUGAACUAGGAGGGGAAAGCUGUUGCGACAUUGCUCCUUCUCACGUAUCAAAUCCCUACUGCCCCUUUCCACCAGAGUCUGUGAUCACUCAGUGACUUCUCUGCAACCAAACAGUUGACAGAUCACUGCAAGAAAAUUAUAGAUAAGGAUGAAUCUUUUUACAUUUUGUAUGUUUUGUUGCCCUUACAAGUGCAUCUUGCAUCACAUUUCAGUUAUAAGUUCUAGUAUCACACAAGUCCAAUUUUGGUCACUGAAGUCACUCGCUGUUUAGUGGAAAGGGGGUAUCAGCUGAAAAAGAGGUUAGAAUAUCAGUUAAAUGUAUUCUUACCUAUUGAUGUUUUUAGAGUCGGUGCAAAUUGAUCUUGUCAGCUAUGGUAAGAACUUUUCAAGUACAUGUACUUGGCACUAAGUGAAUGCCUGUCAAACCUAUGAAGUUGUUUUGGUUGCCAUUUUCUCACAGUAUUGUAUAAUGUAAGAAAAAAGCUUGUUUUCUUUGGCUUAAUUCCAAUGUAUAUGUAUUGUGGCAUGCCAUAUGACAUCUUUUAUAUAAGAAAUUAUUUCAAGGUACUAGCUAGGUAGGUAGUUGUUGAUUUUUCUUCAUGUAACAUAGCCUUUUAACUUGACGUGAAUAAAGAGAUUUUCAAAGGAG